AUGGAAAAUCUUCACGCGGAUAUAUUAUCAAAACUUCUUUCACAUAUUCCUCGCGAAUCUGUCUUAAGCUGCAAACUUGUUUGCAAAACUUGGAACACUCUCCUCCUUGGUAGAAAGCUGGAAGUUGGUAUCCUCUUAUGUGUUGCGUCACGUGAGGAAAGAAACCUUCAACUUCACUACGGAUACUACGAUGAAAUCAUUACGCUUACUGACGACGACCAUGAGAGUUUUACGUAUAAAACAGUAGAGAGAAUCAAGCAUCCUGUCAUUAAUAAGCGAGAACGAGAAGUCAUAGAUAUCAUGGUUGGUUCUUGCAACGGUUUGGUUUGCUUCUUAGUACCCCAUCAUCGUGUUGUAGAUCCCGUUUAUAUCUGCAAUCCAAUAUCUGGUGAGUACAUUAACCUCCCGAGAAUAGACAGCAAAAAAGGCCUCAUAGUAAGCGGAUUCGGCUACAAUCGCUCAGUAGACAGAUACAAGGUUAUUAGAAUUCACUAUCCCAACCGAUUUGGUUAUGGAUGGCCUCGAAGCCCAGGACAGGUCCAGAUAUAUACUCUGGUAGGUGGUGACAGCGGAUGGAGAAAUCUUGGAGACAUCAAGUAUUCCUUGGCUUUUAAUGGUACCCUUCUGAAUGGAUCUCUGUAUUGGUUGGACUGGAAUGACCAGAAGAUUGUGUCUUUUGAUUUGGCCGAUGAAGAAUUUCGAUUGCUACCAACAGCACCCCCAUGUUUCAUAUGCGUGAAGCACGCUUAUUAUCGACUUGCAGUGUUGGACUGUUGGGUGGGCAUUUGUGCUUUGUUCACUAUAAGUGGGAGGUAG